AACAGAGCCUUAGCGUAGGUCUGGCACCGGGUUGGGGGCAGCCGGGUGGGCAGGGACCGUCCUGGACAGAUGGAACACGUGGGGUGGGGGUGGGGGUGGGAGGGAGGAGGCUGCAGCCCUAUGAGGCUGGUCCCCCUGUCUCUUCCACUCAGUUUGAAGCCUUCUGUGCGGGGGGGCCUGGCCCCUGGCUGGAACCUGCUGGUCCAGGGACAUGCUGACUCUGGAGAGGACAGGUUCGAGACUAACUUCUUGUUGGUGACGGGGGACAUUGCCUUCCACGUCAAGCCCCAGUUCUCCAGCGCCACCAUGGUGGGCAAUGCCUUCCAGGAUGGCCGCUGGGGCCCGGAGGAGCUGUCUAGCAUCUUUCCGCUGGCCCCGGGGGAGCCCUUUGAGGUGACAGGGGCCUGGCCGGCCUGCCCGAUAGAGGUCAGCUCAGACGCGGAGCACUUCCACAUCUACGCCCCGGAGCACAAGGUGCUGCAGUUCCCAGGCUGCCAGAGGCCGCUGGGCGCCAUCACCAGGGUGCACGUGCUGAGUGACCACCGCCUGGCCCAGGUGGAGCUGGCCAAGAGGGGCCUGAGCUGGGGCUCCACCUUCAAUAAACUCUGA